AUGAUCCAUCGCCCGCCAUGUCCGAUCGAGCCUUCGAUUCGCAUGCGGCGUGCCAUCCACGUCGGGGAUGCCCUCCUCGUCAGGCGUCUGCUCAAGUCGCACCCCUCGCUCCUCCACAACCCAGACGCCUCUCCCAUGGGCCUCUCCAACUCGAAUUUGCAUCUUGCCGCGUCGCUGGGUCACCGAGACAUUUGCGAAACGCUGCUCCGUGCGGGCCACGAGGUCCCGUGCCCGGCCCUCAACGAACACCAUCAGACGGCCCUGAUGCUGGCCGCCAGAGCGGGGCACACCGACGUCGUCCAUCUACUCUGCGAAAAUGACAGAGGCAGCAUCCUCAGGCGAGAUGUCCGCGGUCGCGAUGCCAUCAUGGAGGCCAGCAUAGGCGGCCACGACACCAUCCUGCAGCUUCUGCUCACCUACGCCCCCGCUGGCCCAUACGAGGCUGUGCAGAGGGCCGACGUCGAAGGCAACACGGCCCUGCAUUUCGCCAGCAGCAGUGGAAAUCUUCUGGGCCUCCGCACCCUCCUCGCCGCCGGCGCCGAUGUCGAGAGACGUAACAUCUGGAACUGGACUCCGGCUGCCUACAGCGCCACGGUCCAGGCCGAAGUCUACCUUAAGGGCCUCGUCACCGAGGUUGAGAGACGCCAGCAGCUCAAGAGAGGGGUUGACGCCUCCAAGAGGGGCGGUGCUGUCCGUGUCGUAACAGAUGACGGCGAUGGCGGUGACUGA